AUACACAAUCCACGAAGAAGUAUGUUGUUGUCAUGGCGGCGUUUUAAACUAUUGCUUCGUCUACAUGAACUUUUCUUCAUCUAGCUUGCUAGUGAAUCGUGUUUUUGAGAGCUGACGGUUGGAGGUUGCGAAAGGCUUUGUGACUUCCGUGUCGAUGACUACAGAUGAUCAGAGGGGAUCUCCGGUAAGAGCAGCCGGGGACAUAAAUACCCACACGGAGAAAGGAGAAUGGGUUAGGAGGGACAAUUUAGACCGGAUCCCUCGACAUGAAACUCAGCUUUUGUUCAAUCUUGCCUUACCAACCAGUGUUCUGAACCGAGCAACUCGAGCAGGCCCUCCAAGACCUAUAGUGAUUGAGAAGCUCGUAGCUCAUCGGGGGCAUCAGGAGGUUGUUGAGAGCUGCAGUAGCUCCUUACGUCUUUCUGUUCUCUCUGAGGAUCAAUUACAGGCUGUGGUGAGACUCGCAAAAAAAGACUUGCACAGAAAACGACAGGAAUCCUUGAACUGUCUGUCACAAAAGACAAGUGUGAAGUUUCCAAACCCAGAAAAGAACAAACCUGAUAAUCAGCAGAAUGGGGUUAUCUUGAAAGCUGAUCAGAUGGCAGGAAGUCCAAAGAGGCAAACAAAGUCAUGCAAACAGGUGCUUGUUUAUACUCCUCAGAAACUCUUCCAACCCUCUAAGGCUGAACAAAGGCAGUCUCCUCCAACAAGAGACCCUGGACUUAAAGCCAUAAGCAGUGAUCCACAGCUUAGCAGAGAGAUCCGCAAACUACAGAAAGAGCUGGAGACUUACGUCCAAAGAAUAGAGCAGCUUGUUAAUAAGGGACGAAUAGUGGAGUGUGUGGAGCCAGACGAGAAGCGCAGGAUUGAGAUCCGCCAGCAGGAGCAGGCUGCUCGCUCUGCACGCAUUAUCUACAAUUUACAGCAGCAGGUAAAAGAAAUUCAGGAGGAUUUAGACAAGUUGCGUUGUCAAAGUGUAAGGCCUACCAAUAAGUGCAGAGCAGUGAAUAGGUUGGCUGCGGCUCAUCGUGGGGCAGUCCGAGCCAUGCAGGCAUUUAUUCAGCAGCUGUCAGAUCCUGCUGAAAGCGGAGUACCUGUCCAGUGUAAAGAGCUGGGUCAGCUUAUACGCCAGCUCUCACUCUGCUCAGCCAAGGUGGAGGUGGGCCAGGGUUCAGCUGUACCAGAGAUUACACUGGACAUCCUGCAGAAAUUAGAAAUGUUGGACUUGGCGCUGAGAAAACAGGAUACCCACCAGGAGCAGGAGCCACGCAUGCGGAGUCUCUCUCCUUUAAAGGAGAGGACUUCCAGGAUCAGUGGAUGCAGUACAUCCAUUUCUCGUUUUGCCAAGGCACAGAAUACCAAAGCCACUUCACGACCAAAGAAAUCAUCAGCUCCAAAAAAGAUCAAAAGAGCUAGAGGCCAUCCUUUGGAAGCAGGACAGUUCUUGGAUCAAGAGCGCAGGGAGGUUCUGAAAACUGGGAUCCAGAACCUGGUGCGGAUGGAGAAGAUGAGACAAGGGACAAGUCGGGGAGGACAAGGAAUGGACAUCCAUAAAUCAUCUAGUGGUGUAGCCCAUCCAGAGAAGAUCAAGCAGAAUGUUCAUGCUAGUGAUGCUGGAUUUCAGCAGCCCACUGUUGCGUCCAAGCUCAGAGAAAGUCUGUUACCACAGAGAGAGGCAUCAGUGCCCUGGAUCCCUACGUCUCCUCAUUCUCCUGUCAAACAACGCAGAGCUGUGUCCAGCAGACCAGAGCCAAGAUGUCUCUUCUCCCCGGGAAAGAAUUCAUCACAGCCCAUGGGUGUGCAUACAAAAAUCCAAAGCCAGGGAAAGACCAGCACCGAAAACAUCAGAGACAACCAAAAUAAGACCCUCAGGCAAGCCUGGCUGGAUACUUUAACAGAAAACAGGCAGAGAGAACUGAAUCAACCCAGUAUAGAGGAAAUGGGGAAUAUUCACAGACUCAGGGCUGAAGCAAGCACUCGUACAGAGUGGACUGAGGAAGGAGAGCAAGCCAUUAGAGAAAGACUCCAAUCUCUACUAGAUUGUGAGCAGCAGGUUGGUAAGAAUUGGGAGAAAAACAGUUCCUCUCGCACACAUCAGAUUUUGGAGCAGACGGCCUAUAAGACUCCAGUAAGUACAGAUGUGGAGGCCACAGCUAGUGCUGAACACAGAGAAGAUGGAGAGGAUGACGCAUUACUGCAGGACCCUUUGCUGGACAAUAUGCUAAUACGGAUGGAGGAAAUAGAAAAAUACGAGGAUGAGGUACGGCGACGUUUUGCUAUGAUUUCUUACUCCGACCCUCUUCUCUGGGACAUGGACGCAGGGACCCAAAAAAAGAAUAAUAGCUCCAGGCCUACUUCUCCACAACCCAUAAGAUUGACAAGACCAGCUCAGAAAUUCUCCACCAUAGGAGACAUUGUCCUACAGAGACCAAUAGAGACUGGUGUAGGAUUAGAAAGCUCCAUGCUGGACGAGGAACCCCGUGAGGCUGUUCCCAGCUCUUCAUACACAGACCAAGCACAAAUUAAAGGAGGGGUUCGGCUGAAUGUUCCCUGCAGCAUUCAGAAGAACAUCCAGAGGUACCGGGAGGCACAUGAUUCCUACCUGCGCAUGGUUUCCCAUGAAACAGUGGGCAGUUUUAACCCCUGGGCUCUAGCAGAAAGUUUGGCCGAGGAGCUGGUGAUGGAAGCCUUGGCUGAUGUGGCAGGAGAGUUCCAGAAUGUUUGUGAAGAGUAUGCAGAGGCCAUCUUCACCUCAGAAUUUCUUCAGCCUGUUCAGUCUCCUUCUCUUUCUUUGUCAUAGCAGUUUGACCAGUAGGAUCAACAUAACUUUUCAUCAUGGUACUUUUUUCCCCCACUGUUUGCUUAAUGCUUUAGGCAGUUGAUCUCAGGAAAACACACAGAGUUUUCCAUGGAAGUAAUAAAUGUGACUUGCGUGUUGCCUCUCACAAUGUCCUGUUCCACUUCUUUUACCUUUUAACAGUUCAUAAAAUUAUAAAACGCUAAAAAUGUCCUCUUUCAUAUAUAAUUCAGGCUAGACCAGUACAUUUUUAUACACAUAUGAAACAAGUGGCCAACCUCUGGGCCUGAGAAUGUGCUUUGUGUUUUUUAUUUUUAUUUUGGGUGUUUGUUUUUAAUAUAUUAUUUCAGUUGUUGAUUUGUCUACAAUGGCCCUGAGUUAAUUUUUUAUUUUUAUUAUUUAUGUGCCUAUUAACCCUAGGUGUUUUAUUGUCACAUGAUUUUAUGCUGUAAUUAAGUGACAAAUGAUAGUAGUACGUUAAAUUAGUUCAUCUGUUAGACAAGGGACACAAGGUAUGUGGGGGUUAGGGUUAGGUGAUGUCCAAGGUGAAAGGUACGGUAAUUAGCCAUUAUUAUAUUAAAUGUGUGUUCUAUAAAUUGUAAAUGUUGCAUAAAAUAUGUGUUUUAUUUAAAGGCUUCCUUACUGGUUUAAUUAUUCCCAAGGGCUUCUUUUAAAGUUUAAAUUCAUUCUGUUUAUUUGUGCACAAAAUAAUGGCCCAAAUAAACAACUUUUUCAUUCUGAGAGUUAUUUCAGAAUGAACCAUUGUCUAUUAUUUAUUGUAUUUUAAUUACAGGAGAAUUGAUUUAAACUGAAGUAUUACUGUUGUAUUAUAAUCAAUCCCCCACAAAAUAUGCCUGUUAAUGGCUCAGGUGAAAUGCUGCUCACGUUCUGGAGUUCCAAAACCCUGUUUUCUUUUUCUGUAAGGUGUUUCAGUGUCUGUAGCUUUAAAAGCAAAUGAUCUACUGCUCUCUGUGUCCAAUUGUGGAUUAUUUUAGCUGAUCAGAAUGCAUGAAACAGGAUUGGCUGGGCAACAAAACAAUAAAAAAAAAGUACAGUAUUAAUAUUUUAAGGUAUUAGCCAUUUUUAGGCAUUUCUGACAUUCCUCUCACAGUCAAAAGACAGGCAGAUCAGGCUAACUGGUGUUCCCAAAUUGCCCGUAAUGUGUGAAUGAGCAGUAGAGUGUGUAUGUACGUGUGUGCUCUGCGAUGGAUUGGCACCCCGUUCUGAUGUACCCCAGUGUAAAUCCCCAGUAUUGUUUAUUUCUUUAGGGCUAAAUAAGAUUAGAUUAGCUGAAUUAGCAAUCUAGUUAACUAACAUGCUAGCAUUACUAUAACAUGCAAAAUGUAGGUUGAAGCUGCUGUACCCACUGCAAAGUUAUUUCCUUUUGGGAAUAUAAUGGAACAAGUAUUUAAACAGGAUACAUAUCUGGAGACCUGUCAUCCCUACAUAAGGAUAAGAUCUCUCUUAAAGGCAUUUACAUUAGGUGCA